AGAAGUUGGAGGCUUUGUCAGGUGGCAGAGGAAGGAGGAGUGUGCCCCGCAGCCCACCUCUGCCCCUCUCCAGGCUGUAUCCAGCAUGCUCCAAGGCCACAGCUCUGUGUUCCAGGCCUUGCUGGGGACCUUCUUCACCUGGGGGAUGACGGCAGCUGGGGCAGCUCUCGUCUUCGUAUUCUCUAGUGGACAGAGGCAGAUCUUAGAUGGCAGCCUUGGCUUUGCAGCAGGGGUCAUGUUAGCAGCUUCCUAUUGGUCUCUGCUGGCCCCAGCGGUUGAGAUGGCCACGUCCUCUGGGGGCUUUGGUGCCUUUGCCUUCUUCCCUGUGGCUGUUGGCUUCACCCUUGGAGCUGCUUUCGUCUACCUGGCCGACCUCCUGAUGCCUCACCUGGGUGUAGCAGAAGACCCCCAGACGGCCCUGGCACUGAACUUUGACUCUGCGUUGAUGAAGAAGAAAGCGGAUCCCGAGGGUCCCACGCUGCUCUUCCCUGAGAGUGAACUUUCCAUCCGGAUAGACAAGAGCGAGAACGGCGAGGCGUAUCAGAGGAAGAAGGCUGCAGCCACCGGCCUCCUGGAGGGCCCUGCUCCCGCGGUGCCUGCUCGGGGGAACCUGACGCAGCCCGGUGUCAGCAGCUGGAGGAGGAUCGCACUGCUCAUCCUGGCCAUCACCAUACACAACGUCCCAGGUGAGGCCUCACCCUUGAUCCGCAGCCACCAGCCUGCAAAAGGGGUAUGGGCGGGCAAUUGCCACACGGGUACUUUUUGGAGAGGAGUGGAG